AUGGAGACAAAGCCUCAAGGGACAAAGAAACAGCUUCAGUCCUUGCUGGGUAAAAUCAAUUUUUUGAGGAGGUUUAUUUCGAACCUAAGUGGUAAGGCUCAACCAUUCUCUCCACUGCUAAAACUCAAGAAAGAUGAUAUAUUCAAAUGGGGGAUGGAACAACAAAAGGCAUUUGAUGAGAUUAAGACAUAUUUGUCGAAGCCUCCUACCUUAAUGUCUCUCAUUCGAAAUAAAGCAAUGAAGUUGUAUAUCUCAGCAUCAAAUUCAACUAUUGGAAAGUACUCACUAACUUAUCAACCCUUGAGGGCUGUCAAAGGCCAAAUAGUUGCUGAUUUUCUUGCUGAUCAUUCAGUAGUUGAAGUUCCAGUGACUUAUGUGGAUUUUGAGCCUUGGGUUUUAUACUUCGAUGGCUUAAGACAUAAACAUGGUACAGGAAUUGGAAUCUUGAUCAUUUCUCCAUUGAGAAUUCCAACAAAGUUUAAGUAUAAGAUCAAUGGUGCUUGCUCCAACAAUGAGGCUGAAUAUGAGGCUUUAAUUGCAGGCCUAUAA